AUGACCGACUUUUGGAAGUUAGAAGAAAUCAGUUUUGAAAAACCAAAAGCAAAACAUGAUAUUCUAUGCGAAAAUCAUUUUAUUAAUAAUAUUAAACGUGACCCUAGUGGUCGAUAUAUUGCUAGGUUACCAUUUAUUAAAGGCGAUCGUACGCUGGGUGACUCUAGAGCAGCAGCCUAUCGGCGCUUUCACGCAUUAGAAAAUAAAUUUAUAUCUAAUUCAGAAUUAAAAUUAGAAUAUCAUAAGGUAAUGCAAGAAUAUCUUGAUCUCGGUCAUAUGUCACUUGUAUCAGAUGAUUCUGAUCAUAGAUAUUAUUUACCGCAUCAUGCUGUGAUUAAAAAAUCCAGCUCGACUACUAAGGUUCGAGUAGUCUUUGAUGCAUCUGCUAAAUCAAAUAAUAAUAAAUCACUUAAUGAUAUUUUAAUGACAGGUCCUACUAUUCAAAAUACCAUUUUCACUCAAUUACUUAAAUUUCGUUCACAUAAAUAUGUCCUCACAGCUGACAUUGAAAAAAUGUAUCGUCAAAUUCUAUUACAUAAAGACGAUCGAGCAUACCAAAGAAUACUUUGGCGUGUGGGCGAUCAAAUUAGAACUUUUGAAUUAAAUACAGUAACUUUUGGCAUAACCUCUUCUCCAUUUUUGGCUAUCCGCACUAUUCAUCAAUUAGCUGAUGAUGAAGCAAAUCAUUUCCCACGUGCUGCGCAUAUUCUAAAAAACGACUUGUAUGUUGAUGAUCUUUUAACAGGUGCAAGUAAUAUAUCAGAAACGCGUCAGCUUCGUGAUGAAAUUGUUAAAUUAUUAAAACGUGGUCAAUUCAAUAUUCGCCAAUGGGCUUCUAAUGAACCAAAAUUGAUAGCAGAUUUAUCUAAUGUCAAUGUUAAUUCUAAUUUUUUACUCGAUAAAAAUUGUACCUUAAAAACUCUUGGUAUUUCAUGGGAAGCAAAAUUUGAUGAAAAUGAGAGUUUUUGGAAUAUUAUAAAACCAAUUAUUGCUGUGUCACAAUUUUUUGGAAAUUUUCCCAUAAGCGGUCUUUAUAAUUCAAAACCAGAUGAAUAUGUUUUUAAAUUUUCAUCGUUUAUCACGAGCUAUUCAGUGAUGAUUAUUUCACUUAUCGGUAUUGGUAUUGCUGCAACUUUUAACGAAGUGAUUCACUCUACAAAAGGUGAAACUUUUACGUUUAGUUCAAAUUCUGAAUGUUUUUGUGAAUUGUGA